ACUGCGAAGAACUUGCUCAUCUCAAACGAGCCUAAUAUUUUAGAACACCGGACUUCUAGUCUAGCAAGAGUCUCAUUCGCUGUUACUAAGGUUACGUUAGGGUUAGAGCAGUGGUAGGGUUAAAGUUAGGGUUAUGUUUAGGGGUUGGAGAAGGUUUAAGGUUUCUGGGAGACUCCAAAUAAACACAAGAGGUCAGUGGUGGUUCUAGCUUGUAUGGCGCCCUGGUGCCUCAUGCCGCCCCGCCACCCCCUGCGCGCAAGAUGCCGCCCUGGGCAACUGCACAUGUUGCCCAAGAGAUUCGUCUGAGAUGAGCAAGUUCUGCGCAGAACCGAUCACCGGUGAUCAGCAGCAGGUGCAUGCCGGUUAGAAAUCUGUCUGACUUGCUGCGAUGUCAUGGUAGGGUGGCCAGACGUCCCGUUUUUCAUGGGACAGAACCGUAUUUAAGCACUUUUUCUAGUGUCCCGACUUAUUCUGAAAAAAUCAUGUUUUGUCCUGUAUUUCCCCUCUCCUAAAAUUUCUCUAUUACCUAUGCUGCUUUCUCAGUCACGUGAGUAUUCUAAUCAAAGGUAGCCAAGGAUAUGGCUUGUAAAACCAAUAAAAUCACACUGUGUUAUUUGAAGAUUAAACUAUCCAAUCACAAUCCCCUAUCAAUAGAUAUCCAGUUAGUGAAUGGAUUGAAGAGUCAGUUUGAAAGAGCACACAGACGAAAUUGGAGCUGGAUGCUGCUAGUUUGCCACACCAAGUGUUAGCGAAUCUGACAAGGUGCACGCAAGCGAAGGACUUUUUGCUUAUCAUUCUGUUAUGCACGGCCAUAGCUUUGCACAUUCAUGACUUGAGAAAAGUCUUGCAUUCCAGGCUGGAGGAAUCAUUCAUACCCUCUGACAUUAAAAAGCAGUUGGAUGCCCUGGUUGAAGCUGGUGACAUGCAAGCGGAUGAUUUCUUUUGUGCAGUCAUAAACUUUUAUUCAGCAUUGGUGGAUUACCUCCAAAAUUGGAGCCGCUCAUUUGAGAACACAGAAAAACUUGAGUGGGCCCUACUGAGAGACAUUCAGAGCAGCCUCGAACACUUCUACUUCAGAAUCCCUGCUCUCAGUUUGACUGACGAAACCACGCUCUUUGAAGAGUGGGCUUGCGUGAAAAACAUUGUCACUCGUCACAUCACUGAGUGGAACAUGAACAAGACUGCCGUGUCUGAGAGAGUGACAGACGUUUUUCGUGAGCUGGAGAGCAAGACCAUCAACUUCGGAGUCUUAGCCAAGGUCAUGGAGUUUGUUUCAUAUCUGCCUAGGACAUCUGCAUCUAUGGUGCAUGUGUUCUUAAUGAACGUAGCAUGGACACCGGAUAAAUCUCGACUAAUUUUGGACUGGACUGCUCUGCAUUUUACGAUAAACUCUUGAAAGACAAGCGCACACUGAGAAAAAUUGCUGCCAGUGAAAAGUACAAGGUGACAACAGUUACAGAUGCGGAUGCACCCUCCACUUCGCAUUGAUCUGCGUUUAGUUUAGGAUACGUCAAUUUCAUUUUUGCUGGGAGGGGGCUGUCCUGUUUUCCACAAGCAGGAAUAUGGUUACCCAAUGUCAUGGUGACGUAUGCCAAAAAAGUCACAUGAGAGCCAGGUGGCGCAUUGCAAGCACGAUGGGAAAUGACUUGCUGACGACACAGUUUAAUGCUUAAUUGGCUUAAACAACCGUUAUGUUUUGUUCUCUCUUAAAAUUUUAGAUUUUUUAUCUCUAAUAUCAUGUUUCAAUGUGUAUAACUUAUAUGUGAAUAUUCCCAACACUAUGACAGUGUGAUCUCUGUAUGGGAUAUGUGAUUGGUAUCAUAUUUCUGAAAUAUCUAAAAUAUGUGUCUUUAUUAAACUAAAAAUGGAUGGAAAGACACGUCUUAUGGGGGGCAUUAAAUAACAGGUACAAUUUAAAUUUUCAUUUAAAAGCAACAGAAUUUAAAUUUUAUCCACUUUACUAACAACGAAGCACAUGUUCGUGAAUCACGGCAUAUCUGCCUUUGAUCUCGUAGUGGCUGAUCCACUAUGAGAAGUGAGAACUGUCCGACGUUACAGCUCUUAUUUCACUCCUCACCUGACUGCACCAUCCUGCUCUCAUCUACUUUCAAGAUGAGGCGUUUGGCAUCUAAGCCUAUCAAGUGUCACAUGAAAGGGCUGUCUACGUGCUAUUUCAGCAGCACUAUUGACAAUAAUCCACACUCAAUACUGAUAAUGAAAAACUUAAAUGUGCAUUCAGUAAUUCUAUUCCAAUACACUUUUUGUCAAAUUCUGCAAAUAUCGCCUCACAAUCUGCUAGCUCUCCAUUCUGUGGGUGGGCUGAAAAAAAAUCUAGUAUUUGUACACAGCCCUGGCUCUAUAAAUGGGACAAAAACAAAGUGGAUCGGACCGAUCCACACAACACUAUUCCAGCCAGUCAGCAACAGGGAGUGGUUCUUGCGCGUGCACAGGAUGGGGGUUGGGGGCAGAGCGAGAGGGAAAUUCAUUAGAAGAGCGAUGGAAAAUCUGGCUGAUGCGAACUUUCUAAACUCCAAGAAGAACAAAUGGCUGAAAAACAGACCAAGAGAAAAAGGUCAGACGAAUAUAAACUAAAAAAGGAAGAUUACGAGAAGUCGAGGGCUAGGGGCCGCGUCAACAUCGGCAAGGCUUUUCAGCGGUGGAGAGACUUCCGAGAGGUAAAAGGCUUGAAGACGGAUGCAGAAGUUGCUCUUUUUCUUCUCAAUAGGUGGGUAACAUCAAUUUUGCUAUGUUUCACAGAACCCAUAUAUGCUGAUGUUGUGAUGUUAGAUUUAGUAGCAGGAGAGUUGUGAGUUUCUGGAGCUUGUGGGGGGCGGAGCUUCAAAGGAGCACUAAAAGGAAGGGUGUGUUUGUUUUGGCAGUUGAGUUCGAAUAUCAACAGUGUUUCUCAGGAAUCGCUGAGUGCACCUUUAAAUAGCCAUUGAAUAAAUGGGAGAAUAAUGUGGAGAGGGGAAAUAGGAAAGUUAUACGAAGCCACGCCCACUUACGGCUCAAAAUCGACUUGUCAUCACCCGGAAGUGACGCAGUCUGUUACUGUCAACAAGCAAGAUGGCGGCUCAUCACAGGCAGAAUGCCGCUGGAAGGAGAAAAGUCCAGGUGUCUUAUGUGAUUAGAGAGGAGGUGGAGAAGUACAAUCGUAAUGGUGUUAAUGCUCUUCAGUUGGAUCCCGCCGUUAAUAGACUGUUCACUGCUGGACGAGAUUCCAUCAUCAGGUUAUGGAGUGUCAAUCAACACAAGGACCCAUACAUCGCUUCAAUGGAGCAUCACACAGACUGGGUGAAUGACAUUAUCCUCUGCUGCAAUGGAAAAACAUUGAUAUCAGCCUCCUCGGACACCACAGUGAAAGUUUGGAAUGCACACAAGGGAUUCUGCAUGUCAACGUUACGAACGCAUAAGGACUACGUCAAAGCUUUAGCAUAUGCAAAAGACAAGGAACUGGUAGCUUCAGCGGGACUGGACAGGCAGAUCUUCCUGUGGGAUGUAAACACACUGACAGCUCUGACCGCAUCGAAUAACACAGUCACCACUUCUUCAUUGAGUGGAAAUAAGGACUCCAUCUACAGUCUAGCCAUGAAUCAGAUGGGAACAGUUAUCAUCUCAGGAUCAACAGAGAAGGUCUUGAGAGUUUGGGAUCCACGAACAUGUGCCAAAUUAAUGAAGUUAAAAGGCCACAAGGACAAUGUCAAAUCAUUAUUACUAAACCGAGACGGCACUCAAUGUCUCUCUGGUAGUUCAGAUGGCACGAUACGAUUGUGGUCUCUCGGCCAGCAACGAUGUAUCGCCACAUACCGCGUUCACGAUGAGGGCGUCUGGGCCCUGCAGGUGAACGAGGCGUUCACACACAUCUACUCUGGUGGACGAGACCGAAAGAUCUACUGCACAGACCUUCGUAACCCUGACAUGCGUGUGCUCAUAUGUGAAGAGAAUGCUCCUGUUCUGAAGAUGGAAUUGGACAGAUCAGUAGAUCCUCCUCAAGCCAUUUGGGUGGCCACAAGUAAAUCAUUUGUGAACAAAUGGUCUCUAAAGGGAAUGCAUAACUUUAGAGCAUCUGGGGACUUUGACAGUGACUGCAGUGCCCCUUUAACUCCGUUGUGCACACAGCCAGAGCAGGUCAUCAAAGGUGGCACCAGCAUCGUUCAGUGUCAUAUUCUCAAUGACAAGAGACAUAUCCUCACCAAAGACAGCAAUGACAGUGUGGCAUUCUGGGAUGUGCUCAAAGCAUGUAAGGGGGAAGACCUGGGGAAAGUAGACUUUGACGAGGAAAUUAAAAAGCAGUUUAAGAUGGUCUAUGUGCCAAACUGGUUUUCUGUAGAUCUCAAAACAGGGAUGCUGACUAUUACCCUGGAUGAAAGUGAUUGCUUUGCCGCGUGGGUGGCAGCUAAAGGUGCAGGUUUUAAAAGUCCUGAUGGUUCUGACCCGAAACUAAAUCUAGGUGGGCUGCUCCUGCAGGCUCUAUUGGAGUUCUGGCCCAGAACUCACAUAAACCCAAUGGAAGAGGAGGAAAACGAGCUCAACCAUGUAAACAGCGAACAGGAGAGUCGAGCACAAAAGGGCAACGGCUAUUUCCAGGUUCCUCCACACACUCCUGUCAUCUUUGGUGAAACAGGUGGAAGAACACUGUUUAGGUUAUUAUGUCGUGAUUCCGGGGGAGAGACGGAGUCCUUGUUACUGAAUGAAACUGUACCUCAGUGGGUUAUUGAUAUCACUGUAGAUAAAAACAUGCCAAAAUUCAACAAGAUUCCAUUCUACCUCCAGCCUCAUUCAUCAUCUGGAGCCAAAACCCUUAAAAAGGAUCGUCUGUCUGCCAGUGACAUGCUGCAGGUGCGUAAAGUGAUGGAGCACGUUUAUGAGAAGAUCAUUAACCUCGACACUGAGUCACAAAGCACCAGCUCAUCAGCCAAUGAGAAACCAGGAGAGCAGGAGAAAGAGGAAGACGUGGCAGUGAUAGCUGAAGAGAAGAUUGAGCUUAUGUGUUUAGAUCAGGUUUUAGAUCCAAACAUGGAUCUCAGGACUGUUAAGCAUUUUAUCUGGAAGAGUGGUGGAGAUCUGACCCUUCAUUAUAAACAGAAAUCCACGUGAGAGCCGAGGACCCCUCAGACCACUGUAAAAAGACCCUAGUCACCUUCAACAUGCAUUGACUCCAAAUAAAGCACCCUGGAGUGCCCUGCUGUUCUCAGCUCUAAUAGUCACCCAUGAAGAAUGUUUUUUCCGGUUCUCAUUGUGCAGACUCAAGAUAGUGAAACAGCAGGAGAAAUCUGACUGACAGUUGAGGGUUAGAGUCUUAAUGGGAUAGUUCACCAAAAAGUGAAAAUUCUCUUAUCAUUUACUCACCCAUCCUAGAUGUGUACAACUUACUUUCUUCUGCAGAACACAAAGAUUUUUAGAAGAAUAUCUCAGCUCUGUAGGUCCAUUCAAUGCAAGUGAAUGGUGGCCAGAACUUUGAAGAUCCAAAUAGCACAUAAAGUAAACCAUACAACUCCAGUGGUUAAAUCCAUGUCUUCAGAAACGAUAUGAUAGGUGUGGGUGAGAAACGGCUCAAAGUCUUUUUUACUACAAAUUUUCCUCCCUGCCCAGUUAGUAGCGAUAUGCACGAAGAAUGUGAAUCGCCAAAAACAAAGUGAAAGUGGAGAUUUAUAGUAAAAAAGGACUUAAAUAUUGAUCUGUUUCACACCCACACCUAUCAUAUCGUUUAUGAAGACAUGGAUUAAACCAUCAUAUGGAUUACUUUUAUGCUGCCUUUAUGUGCUUUUUGGAUCUUCAAAUUUCUGGCCAUUAUUCACUUGCAUUGUAUGGACCUACAGAGCUGAAAUAUUCUGAAGUUCUUUGUGUUCUGUAGAUGAAAGAAAGUCACACAUCUGGGAUGGGCGAGUAAAUUAUAUUAUUUUCAUUUUAGGGUAAACUAUCCCUUUACGAUUGACCACAGAUUGACACAGUUACUGCAAUGUGCAGUAAACUAUACAUUGUAAUUCGUGCAGGCCUUUUUCGGCCUUUUACAUUUUCCAUUAUUUUUUGUUGCAUUUUUGUUAUAACCAUGUUUGGGGAUGUUAUGUCCUGUUUAACAAGCAUGAUGAUGAUGACAUGAUGAAGGUUUGUGUGCAUAUAUGGACUCACUGUGUGAGAAAUCAUGUCACUGCACACCAGUACUAACAUUCUCAAACAUUCCAGAGACUUUAAAGAUCACAGCUAGAAUCACAGCUAGUGAAGCCGGCAAUCAAGACUGAAUUUCCAUUUUAAAAGUUCACUCUUGCUGAUUUCCUUUAUGGGGAUGAGGUCAUAACUGGCUUAAACAAAAACCAAUCAACACAGGUAGAUUUUUGCCCAUUAUUACCCCUAUUUCACAUUGCAUCUAAAUACUUUUACCAGCAUUCUUACUGGCUUAUCCAAUGCGCACAAGUGAAGUGUGUUUAAGUUUUGACGUUGAAAGCAGACAAUAACGCGAUGAUUUCAAAUCUCAUGUAAACGCUGUUCUCUUGCAUUGUCUGAUUAAGCGCACUCAUUUGUGACAUUAUUUUCAUGACAAUUAAACA